AUGCCAGGCCUUUCAGAUCUCGAGAAGGAUGGGAUGAAGAUUACCUACCUCGCCAGCUAUGCUUCACUUGCAAAGUUCGUCUCGAGUGACCCCGAUCACAGUACUGCGAUAUUUAAGACAUUUGAUCGAUUAGCAGCCCGUAAUCUCCUGUAUCUUCAAAGCGAGUUAGCCGAGCUUCAAGCUCAACAAGACCGCUACGAUGACGACGAUCUGAAGGCCGGAAUCACUUCACACGACUGGCAUAAGCUUCGCGAAAGCAGCAGAGACUGGAACGCUUUGGUUGAAAACUCAAGAAAUGAUGGAAGACUUCGGUCCCGUAUGCGACUCGCAUAUAAAAUCCGGAAGAAGAUAAAAGAGUACCAUGAAGCCAUGAUGCUGGAGUCCGCCAUUCUGUCCCUGCGAAAGCCGUCCAAACAGACACACAAGGCAUUCCGAAACACCUUCAACAAUCUGGGCUCCAGCCAAGAUCCGUUGCCCUGUUUGGGCUCCAGCAGCGAAACUCUGUACGAUGACCGCAACGAUCUCGCAGCACUACGUAGAGCGCCUGAAGAAGAUCGUCUCACUGUCUUCCUGCGGACUUGCUGCUCUUUGCUGUUUAGCAGGAGAACCAACUGCAACUCCUCUUUAGGAUACGGCUCCGAGCAGCUGAUCUCCUUCGUGGUCAGCGCGAUCACCGUUCUACUUGCAGCUAGUUUCCUCUUUGGCGCAAUCUACGUGCUCUAUGCCAUCCAGCGCGACAGAGUCAAGCUCGGAGUUAUAGCUGGCUUCACCACCGCCUUUGCGCUCUGUAUCGCGCUAGUGACGAACGCUAGACGCUCAGAAAUUUUUGGCGCGUCGGCAGCAUAUGCUGCUGUUCUUGUUGUCUUUUCGUCAAGGCUCUCCGCGUACCCGCAAAUCUCCGCCUCGGUCACAAACCGCACCUCCACCCGAACCCCGCUAUCGCCGGGGCCCCUCCAGCCCCCCACCAUCCUCCUCCGCCCCAACCGGGCCCAACUCGCCGCCCUCUCCACCCUCCACAUCCCCAGCAUCCGCAUCGACCUGACCGUCCGCUCCCUCCCCAAACUAUCCGAACUCCUCCGCCCCUACCACACCCACAUCUCCUGCGUCAGCCUCCCCACCGAACCAUGGACGCAACGCAACCUCGCCCGUGCGGUCAUCGCCGCGGGCGUGAAGCGCUACAUCCCCUGGCAAUUCGCGUUUGACUACAACGCCGUGGGCAGAGGGAGCGGGCAGCAUGUCAUUGACGAGCAGCUUCGACGUGCGGGAAAUGUUGCGCCAGCAACAGACGACAGAGUGGUUCAUCGUGACCACGGGGCUGUUUAUGAGUUUUCCUCUUGGAGCAGGAGGGGUUUGUGCUGGGAUUUGCAUGGAGUCGGGCUACGGAGGAAGGAGGAGGAGAAGAAGAAGAGGAGGAAGGAGGAGGAGGAGGAGGAGGAGGAGAAGAAGAAGAAGAAGAAGAAGAAGAAGAAGAAGAAGAAGAAGAAGAAGGUGCUCGUGACCGGGCUGGGGAGUUGGGGAUAA